GAUUAAAAUAGAAAGAUUAAAAAUCAAAAUAAACGGUGAUCCCUCUUGUUUCUUAUUCCUCUUUAUUUAGCCUUCAUUCCAUUCGUAUCUCGUGAUUUUAACUCUCCAACUUGAAGACACCAAAAAAGAAAAAAACCGAAUUAGGAUUUUUAAAUACUCGACCCGGUCUCUCGUUCCUUAUUUCUUCGCUUCAUUGUUCGACUUCUUGAUACAAGUUCUUCAAAAAUGGAUCUGGAGGUCAAGAGGGAAGUCGUAGAAGAACAACAGCUUAACGCCGCGUCGCUUCGUGAGAAUUCCAGGGAACCUAGAAGAGUUGAAGAUGAAGCCACUCUGGCUCAGCUUUCUUUGUCUACCUCAACCAAGCCAAAACGCAAACCCAAACCUAAGAAAAUCUUCACAGCGGAUGAACCGAUAAAGUCAACUAAGAAGAAAGAAAAAAUUAUAUUAAAGAUCAAGAAGACUCAAUCUGAGCCUACAAUUAAGCAGGCAGUAACUGAAUCUGGAGGAAAGUGUAAGAGUUGUAGGAAAAAUAAGGAUCCAGUUGACGGGCCAUGUCCUCAUGCUGAAGUUAAGUCAGCUGCUAUGAUUAGGGCAGAAGAGGUUCAGUCAAAUCUGGAGCCUCAAUACCCUAGUUUUGCCAAAUCUAUGGUCAGAUCUCAUGUUGCUAGUUGUUUCUGGAUGGGGCUUCCGGGACAGUUUUGUAAGUUACACUUACCCACUAAGGAUGCCAGUGUUGUUUUGGAAGAUGAAUGUGGGAAACUAUAUGAGGCAAAAUACUUUGCUGAAAAGACAGGAUUGAGUGCUGGUUGGAGACAGUUUUCAACUGGCCAUAAUUUGCUUGAGGGAGAUGUUUUAGUCUUCCAAUUAAUUGAUGCUCUUAAAUUCAAGGUGUAUAUAAUAAGGGCAAAUGAUUUUUCUGAAGUUGAUGGGGCUCUUGGCCUUCUAAAUUUGGAUGCUCAUACAAAACAAAAUGAUGCAGAUCUGAACUUUGAAAAAAGUAAUUCAGAAAUGAAUAUAGUACCUCAUCAGAAUACAAAAAGGAAACGCCUGAAGUCUCUCCCAUUAGCAGUAGUCCAGAAGAAAAAUAAAAAGUCUGGACAGUCUAAAUCAGCUUCUAAUAUUGGACAACCAGCGGAACAGUCUGAAAAUGAUAGCGAAGAGGUUGGUUCUGAAGUUCUGGAAGGCUUCAAAUUAUCUGCACCUGCUGUUCAGUUUAAAGAUGUUACAAGUUUAGACAGUUUCAACAUCUUUGUAGAUGGAUCGAUUUUAGAUUCUGAGCUUCCAGAAGAUAUUCGGUGUAAGUACUAUGAACUUUGCUGCACUCGAAAUGCAUUUCUUCAUGACAGUCUUAUCCAGGGCAUAAACUUUAAGUUGAUUGGUGGAAUUAUUGCCGAAACUGUUAACAUUGCUGAUGCUGUAAGAGCUUGCAACCUUGGUACCUCUCGUGAUGAAUUUGCUAAUUGGGAGAAGACUCUGAAAGCCUUUGAACUUCUGGGCAUGAAUGUUGGAUUUUUACGUGCUCGGAUACGUCGGCUUCUGAACUUUGCUUUUGAAUCAGAAGGUGCCACAGACACAAGGAGGUAUAUAGAAGCUAAAGCUCAACGAGCUACGGCGGAAGAUGAAAUAAGAAAUAUCGAAGCAAGGCUUGCGGAAUUGAAAGGGGCCUGUGUAAAUUUUUGUGCUGAAAUUGAUAGUCUGAAGUCGAAAGCUGAGAUCUAUGAGCUCAAAUUCCAGGAAGAGGUUAAUGCUCCAUGGUGAUAUUAUACUUGAUACGUGGGCAUUAGUUAUUAUUCAUUUUAUUUUUGUUACUCUUAUUAUUAUUUUUAUCCUUGUUUAUGCUUUUUGAUUAUGUAUGGUAUGACUGUCCCAUUGUAACUUGAAACACCAAGGAAAACCCUGUUUUGUUUUGUAGAUUUGACCCAGGAUUACUAGGUAGUUGUAUUGUUAGCGAAAAUCAUUACCCA